AUGUGGGAGGCCUGUAUGACUGCGGUGUAUCGCUCUGGGAAGUGUGAAGAAGGAGGAAUGACAUGGAAUAGUAACUUUGGAAAUAACUGGCACCCUCUCAAGGAUGGCCUCUGCCGAGACUUUAGCGAGGAUAGCAUGAAGCAAGCCAUGCAGCAGAUGUGUGCGACGACGGCCCCUCAUCAGCGCAGCAUGGUUCACGGGCACCACCUUGACUACAGCCGAGACUUCAACAACAGACAGUCCAAGAUGCUGGAGGAGAUGCGUCAGAGCCUGCCCAUGUCGCUGGUCAAGAGCGAAGGGUCGCCGUUCCCUCAUCAUUUUCUAUGUUCUCCUCAAGCCAUAGAGCGCCAUCACUAUCCCAACCACCACCACAACAUUCACCACCAUCACCAGCAUCAUCACCAUCACCCAGCGGUGCCGCCAGUCUGA